AUGCUUCAAGUCAUCCUCUGCCAGCGGCGAAACACCUUGAUUGGUGUUUCAAUCAGAUAUAGGGUUUGUGGCUGCAAGCUGCGAAUUCACCACUCCUAUCGUCUAGUUUGCUCUCACAGCUCGGCGCCUUUGGAUUCCUCUCUCCCGACGAGUUCUACAGGAAAGCAAGCGUCAUUGCCGGUCUGCUGGAUCAACAUCUUGCCCUUCAAUGGCUAUGGGAACACAUACACCUAUGCAACGAAGACCGAGAUCGAGUCACAAUAG